ACAUAAUAUUCCACCAAACUAGCACACUCUCUCUAUAAGUUGAAAAUUCAGAAGACCCAAAACCAGCAUAGCUGUUUGUUUGUUGGGCGGCGCUAUCUCCAAACUCUGAUCAGAUCUUCAAAAUCUCUCUCAAACCCCAAAUCUUUUGUCUCCUUCUCUGCACACUCUCACACAUAUUUUCUUGGGUUUUUGAUUCAUCCCAUCGUAGAUUCAUCAAUUUCCUCAACUGGGUCUCACGUAUUCAAACCCCCACACAUCGAAAUGCUCACCAUCAAGAAGAAAAUGUGGAUGUUUACGUGAUCUUGUCUCCAAACCAGCCAAAAGUUUUCAUCUUUCACGUGAUGGCAGGUAUGACCACACCCACAACGACAAUAGCUCAAUUCACUGCUUCUAAGCUCAAGUUUCGGCUCAGAAUCCUCUCUUUCUGGUUUGCACCCACCACUCGCCCUCCUGGUUCCGAUGACCCUUAGAUCAUCAAUACCGAACAGUAUUAAGUUUCUUUCUUCAAUUGAUACAAGGGAUAAGUAAAGUCUCAAUUUGCUCUUUGUAGCAGUAAUAUUUUUUCUUCAUCGGUGAAAGUCUGUAUUGUUAGAAUAGUUGGAUUAACACCUUGGAAGAGGGUUGAACUCCUCACCUCCUGUCUCCGUGCACUCCUGAUGCCGUUAGGCCAAAGUUCUCUUGGCUCUUCGUAGCAGUAAUAUACUUUCUUUCUUUUUUUUUGUCUCGGUGAACGCCUUGAAAGAGAGUUGAACUCCUGAUCACCUUUCUCCGUGCACUCCUGAUACCGUUGGGCCAAAGGCGGGUUGGCUCUUCGUAGCAUUAAUAUUUUUCUUGAUCGGUGAAAGUUUGUAUUGUUAGAGUAGUUGGAUUAACCCCUUGGAAGAGGGGUUGAACUCCUGACGUGCUAUCUCCGUGCACUCCUGAUGCGGUUGGGCCAAAGGCCUGUUGGCUCUUUGUAGCGGUAGUAUUAGAAGUUUAGUGUAACAUUGAAACAUGACUUCGUACUCCUGGAAUUCUAAUGUUUCGAAUUUCCGGUCCAAUUGUUUGGAGAUGUUGGAUCCGUUUUCGGGGAAUUUGGGUGGGAACUGGGGAGGUGGGUCGGAUUCGGUGUCAGUUGCGCAGUCGUUGGUGUUGGAUGGGGAGAGGGGUGAGCUGGUGAAGGCUCCAACUGGUGUUGGGAAGAAGAGUGUGGGGGUGCCAGAGGAGAAGGUUGUGGCAGCUUUGAAGAGCCACAGUGAGGCGGAGAGGAGGAGAAGAGAAAGGAUCAACGCUCAUCUCAAUACGCUUCGCGGCCUUGUGCCUUGUACUGAAAAGAUGGACAAAGCUGCUUUGCUUGCUGAAGUGAUCACCCAAGUGGAACAACUGCAGAAAACAGCAAGAGAAUCCGCUACGGGUUUAAUUAUCCCAAUGGACGAUGAUGAAGUAAGAGUGGAACCACAUCACGAUGAAGAUGGGAGUUUUUCAUUAAGGGUAUCUCUCUGUUGCGAUUACAGGCCUGAACUCAUGCCCGAACUGAGACAAGCUCUUGAUUCCCUUCAUCUGAACACGGUGAAGGCAGAAAUCUCAACCUUGGGGGAACGCAUCAAAAAUGUCUUUGUUUUCACCAGUAGGAAGGAUAUUGAUAGCGAAAAUGCUGAGUCGUGCCAACUACUUGUGAAUUCUGUUCAUCAAGCCUUGAGUGGUAUCCUCGACAAGGCUUCUGCAUCAGCUGAGUACUCGCCGAGAACAACAUUACCGACCAAGAGGCGAAGGAUUUCGUAUAUUGAUUCUUCGAGCUCGUCUUCGUGAGAGUGGAGAUCCUGGUUGGUGGCAAUAGAUAUGUUCAUAUACUUUGUAACAUAGAAGAAGGUUGUGAAAAGUUUAAAGACCUAUGUGAUGAUGUAUAUGUUGUGAUGGCACACACAUAUGUAGAACAGUAUAUUGUGUAUCUUUAUUUCGAACAUGAAUGUAUGACAAAUUUGGUACUGUUUAAUGA